AAUUAUCUUCGUUUCUUUUCUUUUCAUUUCCUUUUCAAAUUCAAAACCCUAAACCUAUUACUACUCCUGCAAAAUUAAAAUCAAACUCAGAUCAUCUUUCUGUUUUCUUCUUCUUGUUCUUUCUCUCUCUCUCUCUCUCUUCUCCCUUCUUCCUCCCCAGAUCUGGGUUUCAAACCCAGAUCUGGGUUUUCUCAAGCAUGCUGAACCACCACACGCCUACUUCAACUCCUAUUCCAGAUCUGGGUCUUCGAGUUGCUGGAGCACGUGCAGCCACACAUCGUUGGUGCAGAGGAAGAACCCGACCUUGGAAAGAUCGAGGUAUGAUCAGACUAUCCGGCGACGACAUCAACGGCUUGCUCGAGGCAUACUCUCCAGUGGAGUGGAUUCCAUACAUUUCAUCCAUGAAAUGCGCGAGGGAAGGAGGGAGCAAGCAGGUGGUGUCGCCUAGAGGGAGAAGAACAAAGGAAGAAGAAACUGAUUAUGGUAGUGGAAUAGCAGUUGAUAUUAAUGGAUAACAGAGAAUAAUGAUACUGAGAAUUU